AUGGAUUCCUACGUACAUGCUUGGCCAUUCUCUUGUGCGCAAUUUGCAAAAAGAGAGUACGUAAUGAGAAUGGCAAAAGAAAUCCACAGUGAAAGAAGAGGGGAAAUUUCAAGAACCAAGAAAGUUGGCAGCAGCAGUAAUAGCAUUAAACUAUUUGGAGUUGUGAUCACUACUAAUUUUGGUAGUUCAAGUUCAAGAUCCAAUACGGGUAGAAGAAACAAUAAUAAUAGUAAUAAGGGAACAAGAUGGAGUGAAGAUGAACACAGAGCAUUCUUGAUUGGAUUGGAGAAACUUGGGAGAGGAAAUUGGGCUGGAAUUGCUAAAGAAUUUGUGCCAAGCAGAACACACACACAAGUUGCUAGCCAUGCCCAGAAAUAUUUUGAAAGACUGGAGGCUGAAAAAGAUAACAAAAGAGCAGUGAUCAAACGCCAAAAAUUCAGUGUCUUCGACAUUAAUUUGGCUGAAGAGUCUUGUCGUUCAUCUUCACCUACUAAUCAACCCGUCUCAGAGGAGGCCAGUUCGUCGAAAAGGGUUGUUGUUCCAGUAACAAAAGACAAAGAACCUUUGAAUCAAGAAACUCCAAUUUCACCAAUGCCAAUCAGCUACAGAGUUCCAGGAUUUCCUCCUGUCCCUAUGGCUUACAAUAAGAAUUUGACAAUCUCCAGUAAUAAUCAGGGACCUCAUGUGUACACGGCUUCUUGGGUUCCUAAUAUUCCGUUUAAUGGAAACUAUGCCUAUUUUCCCAAGUCAUAUUAUCAGUUUGCUAACAUUAGUGCACAUAAUUUUGCCUCAUCAUCAACUAAUGCCACUCCAGACCAGCGUGUUUCGUCUCAAUCUGAUCGUGCGUCUGUGGACAAUUUGGAUCUUACUAUUUAA